AUGGCUGAAUUCUUCCCGUCGUUGACCCAAUGCGCCCUUGUGGCAGCAGCAUUUAAGGUCCUCCUUUUCCCAGCAUACAAGUCUACGGAUUUCGAAGUCCACCGCAAUUGGCUUGCUAUCACGCAUUCUCUGCCUGUGCAGGAUUGGUACUAUGAGAAAACUUCAGAAUGGACACUCGAUUAUCCGCCAUUCUUCGCGGGCCUCGAGUGGCUAUUGUCGAAAGUGGCAUUCUUUGUUGACCCUGCAAUGCUGCAAUUGGGAAAUCUCAACUAUGAUUCCUGGCAGACGAUAUACUUCCAGCGGUCAUCCGUUAUUUUCCUAGAGUUGAUGCUGGUUUACGCAUUAAAUCGAUAUAUCAAGUCCGUGCCUGCUCCCAGCAAGCAUUUGGCCCACGCGGCCAGUCUUUCUAUUCUCCUUUCGCCAGGCUUGUUGAUUAUUGAUCACAUCCACUUUCAGUACAAUGGAUUCCUGUAUGGGAUCUUGAUAUUAUCAAUUGUCCUGGCCCGCAAGCAGUCCACACUCCUUUAUGGCGGAGUCACUUUUGCAAUCUUGCUAUGCCUGAAGCAUAUAUACCUUUACCUCUCCCUGGCAUAUUUUGUGUAUCUCCUUCGAGCAUACUGUCUCGAUCCAAAAUCCGUCUUCCGUCCACGGUUUGGCAACAUCAUCAAGCUAGGGAUUGGAAUUACUAGCGUGUUUGCUGCUGCGUUUGGUCCGUUUGUGUACUGGGGGCAGUUAAACCAGAUCAAGGAGAGGCUAUUUCCGUUCUCAAGAGGGCUAUGCCAUGCGUACUGGGCGCCGAACAUUUGGGCAAUGUAUUCAUUUGUGGACAGAGUCCUUAUCCCAGUCGCCCCUCGCCUUGGACUUCCUAUGAAAGCGGAUGCACUCACAAGUGUGACGCGAGGUCUCGUUGGUGACACUUCGUUUGCCAUCCUGCCCGAAGUGAAGAAAGAGCACACAUUCGCUUUAACUCUUUUCUUCCAACUGCUCCCACUCCUGAAACUCUGGCUCCAGCCCAACUGGGACAACUUCGUCGGCUCCAUCACCCUCUGCGCCUACGCCGCCUUCCUCUUCGGCUGGCACGUCCACGAAAAGGCCAUCCUUCUCAUCAUCCUGCCCUUCAGCCUCCUAGCCCUCAAAGAUCUCCGCUAUCUCGGCGCCUUCCGCCCGCUCGCCGUAGCAGGGCACGUCUCCCUGUUCCCGCUCCUCUUCACGGCGGCAGAGUUCCCCGUGAAGACGGUGUACACCGUCCUCUGGCUCGUGCUGUUUCUGUUUACGUUUGAGCGGCUGGCUCCCGUGCCGGCGCGGCCGAGGGUGUUCUUGCUGGAUCGGUUUUCGUUGCUGUAUGACACGGUGUCGAUCCCGUUGAUCGUGUACUGCUCGCUGGUGCACGGGUGGCUGUUUGGGGGCAGGAUGGAGUUUCUGCCGUUGAUGUUUACGAGUUCGUAUGCGGCGCUUGGGGUGAUGGGUAGUUGGGUUGGGUUUAUGGUGGUUUACUUUACGUCUUAG